GAAAUCGUCUGGCAGCUCUGCUACUGAAAUAUAUUGUUUUGGUUCUAUGAAUUAGUUUAAUUGCAAUAAAAUAUUAAAUACAGCAUUCAUUUAGUCAAUUAAGAUGUCCAGCAGAACGUUCAUGCUGUUGGGUCAAGUAUUACCAUGUAUAAAACAAAAUGCAUCCAAAGUACGAAUUCGACGAAUGGAACUUGACACUAAUCUUAAUAUGUAUUUCAAAAAGGAUGAGUUCUAUUUUGUGCAUGACCCAAACAAGAUUUGCAAAACUGGUGACAUUGUAUUGAUAAAAGAGCUGCCGCAAAAACUAACGAGAUUGAUAACGCACGCGGUUGAAGACAUCGUUUACCCUUUGGGUGAUGUGACAGAUCCGAUAACUGGAAAGAAAGUAACAGCCGGGAAAUAUCGUGACGACAUUGAUGAAAUGAACAAGUUAUUUGGGAAGUCGAGUGAAGCGUUCGAUUACAACAAAUCAUUACCAAGAGGCAGACUGGAAGGAACGAAAGAUUAUACUCACGGAGAAACUUAUAUCAAAUAUCAUGAAGAUGGAAAGGAUCAACCAUUUGCAGUAUAGGAUAUCAUCAUAUUCAGUUUAUAAUUCAAAGCAAACAAAUUGAUGCUUAAGCACUAACAAUCGAACCACUUUAUACAAUUGUUGUUGUAACAAGAGAA